AUAUCAAAGCAAACACCACCUUCAGAGAAUAGUUUGCGAAAACGAAAAAUUGAGAGAAGACAAUAAUAGAACAUAACAUAGGUUGGCACAAAAGAGAAAGGCAUGCUAUGCAAUGCAAGGGUUGAUAGGAGCCACUACCCAAGCCAUAGCUUUCUCCAAAGCAUCAAUUCGCCAUUUCAACUCACCUACUACUCAUAAACUCCUCAACCCUUCUCUUCUUCAUCUACCCAACAAACCCUUAUUCUUCAACCUUCGAACCUUCGCCAUAAUGGCAACCCUCGACAACUUCGUCAACGGAAGCGUUCACCCGAACGGCGUCGCCGUCAUCACCCUUGAUCGUUCCAAAGCGCUCAACGCCAUGAAUUUAGAAAUGGAUGUCAAAUACAAAAGUUAUCUUGAUGACUGGGAAUCUGAUCCAAGGGUGAAAUGUGUUCUGGUCAAUAGCAGCUCGCCUCGUGCUUUUUGUGCUGGUAUGGAUAUUAAAGGAGUUGUUGCUGAAAUUCAAAAGGACAAGAACACUCCUCUUGUUCAGAAGGUUUCUUCACGACACUCGUUUAGCGGUGAUGUGAAGAAGAUCACAACUAAUAAACAACUGUCAGAUAUAAUUGAGGUUUUUCAAGCUGAGUACUCUCUGAUAUGCAAAAUCUCUGAUUACAAGAAGCCUUAUAUAAGCUUCAUGGAUGGUAUCACAAUGGGCUUUGGGAUUGGUCUUUCAGGUCAUGGUCUCUAUAGGAUUAUAACAGAGAGAACACUUCUUGCUAUGCCUGAAAAUGGAAUUGGUUUGUUCCCAGAUGUGGGGUUCUCAUAUAUAGCAGCACAAAGUCCGGGAGGAGGAGCUGUUGGUGCUUACCUUGGAUUGACUGGAAAAAGAAUCUCUACACCCUCAGAUGCACUAUAUGUAGGGCUUGGGUCACAUUUUGUACCGUCUGGAAACUUGGCUUCACUAAAGGAAGCCCUUCUUUCAACAAACUUUUCUGAGGAUCCACAUCAAGAUGUGAAAGAACUUUUGGGAAAAUUCGGUAGCAACCCCGAGGCGGAGGCUCAAUUAAGUUUGCUUUUACCUCAAAUAAUAUCGUCUUUCGGUUCAAAUAAGUCAGUUACUGAGACAAUUGAAUCACUGAAAAGUUACCAGCAGAGUUCAGAUGAAACUGUAGUGGAGUGGGCAAAUGAAGCUCUUCAAGGGAUAGCUAAAGGUGCUCCCUUUUCACUUUGCUUAACACAAAAGUACUUCUCCAGAGUUGCAUCUGCAUAUGGAAAAAGGGAGAAUGAAUUAUCUUCGCUUACUGGUGUAAUGAAAACUGAAUAUCGCAUUGCUUUGAGAUCUUCUUUGAGGAAUGAUUUUGCUGAAGGUGUUCGAGCAGUGUUGGUUGAUAAGGAUCAGAACCCCAAAUGGAACCCGUCGACGUUGGAGGAAGUUGAUGAGAAGGAAGUAGAAGGUGUGUUUGAAGCACUGAGCCCGGGAGUUGAGGAACUGCGUGUUUGACUUACGUUAAAAAAAUGCUUCGUUUUGUUGGUAAUAACUAGCAUGGAAAGGCAAUAAUAGACUUUUAAAUGAAUACAUUUUGGUACCAUCUUUUUAUUUUCUUUGCAAAUUGCAAUCCCUCGACAGUGAAUGAACUUACACAUAAAUAAUCUUUAUCACAACCUAGUGUGAUAUUUAUGAAAAAGUUUCAUGACGAUAUAUAUAUACAUAUAUAUUUUCUGGCUA